GUUACGGAAGAAGCGGAAGAAGAAGAGGCGUCCGAGGGCGACGUCUGUAUGCGCGUUUAUCGGGUUUCACUCUAUGUCUAAUGUCGGUUGAUUAAAUCGUAAAAAUAUGGAUUUUGGGGAUUUAUUCGACGAGCGGAUGUUUCCUUUCUCCGACUUUCAGGAGUUUACGUUUGUCCCAGGACAUCAGAGACUGUCAGAGCGUGUGAGGAAGCGUCUGUACUACGGUUUGGACCAAGAUGUGACCCUGGAUGCACUUUCUUGUCCUGUUACUGAUAUUGCCGUCGAACUCCUCCAGAAAUCAGCCCCGAGCCCUAUACGGAAACUCCGCAAGAAAUACGCAGCUCAUGUAGCCAGAGAAGCAUGCAUCUCCCCCUGCGCCAUGAUGCUGGCCCUGGUUUACAUCGAGCGACUCCGACACAGAAACCCUGAGUACCUGCAGCAGAUUUCGUCCUCUGACCUCUUCCUGAUCUCCAUGAUGGUUGCCAGUAAAUACCUGUAUGACGAAGGCGAGGAGGAGGAGGUUUUCAACGACGAAUGGGGCGCGGCCGGGAAGCUGGAUGUCCAGACGGUCAACAUGCUGGAGCUGAAUUUCCUCAGUGCCAUCGACUGGCAUCUGUUCGCCGAACCGAGCGAGUUCUUCAACGUGCUCAGCCAACUGGAAACUUGCAUUGCGGCGCGGCAGGGAAUGAAGCGUGGCUGGUACACCUACACUGACCUGUGUGUGUUGCUGGAGCAGGCCAGCUGGAGGAGCGCUCUCGUCGCCGUGUACCAGCACCUCACCAAGGUGACGUGUAUGAUCGGCCUCCUCUACCUAACAAGUGUCACCGGUCUCCUCGCGACGUCCGUGGCCCUUCACCAGCUCAAUCUCCCGAACGCCGGACCCGUCAACUCCGCCCUCUUCCAUCCUCAUACCACCGUCCACCCUCACGGCUGUGUCCUCACUAACUCCACCCAGAAAUCCGAACACGCCCCAGGGGGUCAUGACCCCCGCCGCGGCCCGAGUUCCGCCCAUCCUCUGUACCCGGACUCCGCCCUCUCCCUCUGGAACUCCAUCCUUUCCGCCCUCGUGCAUUCGGGCGGCCGGUCGGAGGAGCUUCACGUUUGCGGCGCUCACAAUGUCACCUCGUUCUCCUCCUGGUUCUCCACCCACGACUUCCUCCCACACACACACCCGAGCCCACUGGCUGCUUUUCAGAGACACAGCAGAUGUUGCACGGAAGCUGCAAUGCCUCAUGGGAAGGCGCAGGUUCUCCUCAUACCAACUUAAAGAAAUAGAGAUUGUAACGCGUUUUUUUUUUUUUUUUCUUUUUUUCCAGGUUGAAUUUUGUACAUCAUAUUAUAUUUAACACCUUCUAUAAAUAUAAAAGCACUUUGAUCCGAUGGCAAAAAAAAAUUAAAAGAGGAUGCCAGGGUGGAGUUUGAUAGAAGAGUGUGUACGAGGAGCUGGGAAAAAAAUGUUGAUGAAAAACUUGACAACCUGUUAAAAUCAAAGUCAAGUUUUUAGCUCAAUUUUUUUUCCCCUUUAACGCUUUAAAAAAAUUAUACCAAGUCAAAUGUAUAACAAACAAAUACAUCAGACUUCAGUUACAGAACUCACUGGAAAUCAUUGGAAAUCAAUUGGUUGCCAGAUUGCUUUCAGAAUCCUCUCUAACAUAGAUACAAAUUUUAUUUUACAUUAAACUAGAAAAACUUUUAGGUUUACAAUUGAAAGCACUGAUAUAAAACAAAGUUAAUUAAUAUACAUAUAUUUUUGCAUUGGUAAAGAAAGAAAAAAUUAAGAUUUUUUGGGAAAAAAAAGAAAAGAUAAGCUUCACCAUGGUGUGUGUGUGUGUGGUUAUUUUUUUAUUUUUUGCUCAAACUUUCUCCAAAACGUUCUUCCUCAUUUACUCAGUUUUGGUGCUUAAAAAAAAUCUUUUAAAUCGACAACAAAAAAUGUUGUCGCUUUAAAAGAUAAUUAUAAUGAUAAAAGAGAUAGCAGGUGAAGUUUGUUUGUUUGUUUGUUUGUUUGUUUUUGUUUGGGUAAUGGUGUGUUACUGCUCUUGAGGUGAGGAUUAAAACAUCAACAGUGCCCCCUACCUGUGAAAGAGUUUUUUUUUUUUUUUUUUGUUUGUUGACGAUUCUCAAGAAUUUUAGUCGCUUAUUCAUUUUUCAGUCGCUUUUUGGAGUGUAUUCCUGCAGUGUUUGUGUUUUUUGUUUGUUUUCUUUAACAAUUCACGGCACAUUGAAGCCCUCAAUAAGUCAAGAACAAUGAAGGGCGAGUAUUAAACAGAAAGUGAGUUUUUUUUUUUUUUUUUUUUUUUUUUUGCUCCACUGUUUGCUUUUAGUGAAGUAGACGAUGAAUAGGUGAAUCAGUGGUCGGAUCCAGAACUUCUCCGACACGAGCUAACGAGUCACGGAUAAACCUCACGCGUUUUUCCGAGAUUAUAAACCGCUUACUCAUAGCCAGACAAGCGCUUUGAUAAGUCAGGACCUGAUCGCGAUGUCUACGGAUGUUACAUAUAAAUAUACCGCGGCACUGUUGGCUUUGAUUGGUUAGAGAACUAUAACAGCAGCUUUACCGUAGCUAGUUCUGAUACAGGUUAUUGUUUCUAUAAUACAUCAGAUGGUAUAUUUAAAUAUAUAAAAACUUGGGUUAAUAAUAACAAUGAGAAACAU